AUGUUUCGCACCCUCUUUCCCUGUGGCAUAGGUGGCUUUGAGGACAUUGCAAGACAGACUGCCCUGUCUUUUGAACAUCAAGCAGAAUAUUACCUCAACCUUCCUGAUCGUGCCUUUAGGUACCAUCAUUUGUAUUUGUUCAUCGUCCUCAACAUGCUUCAAUGUCGUGCAGCACAUCUUCAUAUGUUCUUCACUGUGCGAAAAUUGAAUUUUGACCCAGUGGCCUGCAAACUGACACAGGUAUCUCCUGCUGUAUUAGAGAACCUAGCACAGAAACUGGAAUGCAAGCACCAGAUUUCAGGACUGACGGGUGACAAAAAAGGUGCACUUGCUUUGCUCCAGCAAGUAAACACAAUAUCUGCCCGCAUUCCAGGCUCUCAUGCCUCGAAUAUUUAUGUCUGCAAUGAAAUCCGAAGUUAUUUCAGUUAUUUCGGCUUGCCUCAUCUAUUUUUCACCUUCAAUCCAAGCCCAGCUCACAGUCCAAUCUUUCAGGUUAUGUAUGGUGACCACACUGUAGAUCUCUCUCAAUGUUUUCCUUUUAUGGUCAAUGGAUGCAAAUGUGCCCUUCACUUAGCUCAUGAUCCUGUCGCUGGCGCUGACUUUUUUGAAUUUAUGUGGCGGGCAUGUUUUAGCCAUCUCCUUGGGUGUGAUUUCGAUACUCAAUCGUCUUCAGACAAAGGAGGCAUAUUUGGGCGCAUACGAGCCUUCUACGGCUCCUCUGAAUACACCGAAUGA